CCUCCUUAAAAAAGUUGGACUGGAUGGAAAAGAAAAUAUUGAACAGAGAGAGAGAGUAAUUGAAAGGAAAAUAGCAGAAAACAUCUGUUGUCUUUAGAGAGAGAGAGAAGGGAAAGAGGGGAGAGAGGGAGAGAGGGGAAGUGGGUUCCCGUUGUGGUCUUGCUCAGGAGGAGGAAGGAUAGAGAUCUUGUCAGAUCGGAAGCUGAAACUCGCAAUGGGGAGGGAUGUUGCAGGUUUACGCAUUGAUAAGAAGACUGAUUCUCUCAAGGCAAAUUCAGUUGAUAUCUCUCAUGAUAGAGUUCAUGUCUCUCCCAAAGUUUCAGGAGACAGCAUUGAAGAAAAGGACCAUGAGACGGAAGUUCCUACUGCAGAGGACUCACUUGUUGAAGAAUGUCAUGAGAAGCAAGAUGUACUAGUUGUUAAGAGCACCAACCAUGGUGUUGGUCUAACUGAGGGGAAAAUCUUGAAACCUGAAGCUCACAAGUCAAGUGACAAGAAGACUGGCUCACCUGUUAAACCUUCAUCAGGGUUUGCUAGUCCUGGAACUUUGCAAUCAAACUACACUGUUUCUCAGCCAUCCACUCCCUCAACUGAGAAUCGGAUUUCAACCAUAUCUCGUCCUGUUGAAGACACUGUGGAUGCUGCUGGGAACUAUUCAUCAAAUGCUAAUGGUCUGCAUUCCCCCAUCUCUGCAAAGAAAUCACAGCCAAAUUCUCCUCGGGUGUCAAGAAAGCCCGUGCAGCACGAUGAAGAAGAUAAUUGGUCUGUGGCGUCCUCUGCUGCAACUUCUGUCCGCAGAGCAAAAUUUAAGACCACUGUUCCAGUUGGUCCCGUAUUUAAAUCCGCUGGUCGGGCAGAGAAACGGAGGGAGUAUUACUCGAAGUUGGAGGAAAAACAUCAAGCUUUGGAGGCAGAGAAAAUCGAAUAUGAAGCUAGGACUAAGGAGGAGGAAGAGGCCGCUAUAAAGCAGCUUAGAAAGAGCAUGGUAUAUAGAGCAAAUCCGGUGCCUACUUUUUACCAGGAGGGACCUCCACCCAAAGCUGAACUCAGAAAGCUGCCACUGACACGUCCCAAAUCACCCAAACUAAGCCGGAGAAAGAGCUCUGGUGAUGUAGCUUGCUCGCCUUCCGGGGAAAAGGGAAUUUGUGCCCGUGCUAUUCGUCACAGCCUUGGCAAUAGCCCCACUGCCAAAAAUAAAGAACAGACAAUUAGAUGGAAUGGUAAUGGUGCCUGCAAAGUGAAGGACAGUCCAAAACGGGCUAAAGAGAGAGCCAAAACAACCCCUCAUGAAGUAACUGAAGAGAGGAGUGCAGACAUCACCGUGAGCAGUUAGUUUUGGAGUGGAAGUCUUGAAUUUCCUUAUAGUUCAUGGGACGUUGUGCAAGUGUAGAAGCUCAUUUAUAUUGUCUUGUUCGCGUUGACUUGUUCACUUGUUUGACUGAUAUAUCUCAUAUCUGAAUUGUAUAUUUUCUGUAACUUAUAUUGGUACAUGUAUAUUGCAUAUAAAAAGAGAUACCAUUUCGGGCUUUUGUA